GUCGCUGUUCGCCGUGCUCGCUCUUCGCUGUAAAUGCUUAACGUGCUGUCGCAAAGCCAACGGUAAAACGCUCAACUGUUAUCGAUAACUCGGCACAAAUCGAUAGUGCAACAGUUUUGGAAAAUGUGUCAAUAGUUGUUAAGCCAGUGUUGUCUGAAAUGAAUAACGCUUCGCCUGCGCAGGACAAUCAUCGCGGUUCGGUGUCCUCCAACAAAUCACUGGACAUACCCAUAACACCGUCGCGCUCACCCAAAAAGGUCUCCUUCUCCGACGAGCUGCCCGGCGGCAGCAGCCACAGCAGCUCGGAGCCAAGCGGUGUCAGCCAUGUGCUGCAGCAGGCUGUCCAGUAUCUGGAGCGUUUGCACGGCGCACGCGAAUAUCCCGCCGAGGAUGCUGUCAGCGUUGAGCAACAGCUGCCGCCACCCGCUGUGCUGGACCUGGAUGCCCAAUCCGUGCAGCUGAGUGUGGUAGGCGCCGCCGCCGUUGCCGCCGCCUCGCCCAGCAUACUGAUUGCGGAACCAGGUGACGCUGCCAAUGAUUACGCCAAUGGCAAGCAGGAAGUGCCGUAUGAGCCGCAAUCGCAUUUGUACAUGGAGCGAUACAAGCUUAAUUUAGAUAAGAACUGCAGCUCCAUGGAGCUGGAGGCGCGACGCGAAAAACAACGCUGGCUCUUGAUAUCGGAGUGCAGCGCCCGCUUUGGCGAGGGGAAACACACACGUGAGGCAUUCCGCAAGCUAUUCCUAGAUGAGGAAUUUCAGCAGAAACUCUUUCAAUUGUUCGAUCUGGAGCGCAAUGGAUAUUUGUUGCAAGAUCGCUGGAUCGAGCAUCUCAAGGGGCGACUCACCGACGAUCGCCAAAUGGACUUUGCGGAGCAAAUUGAAUCUGUGGCCUAUGUCAUCUGCGGCGAGAAGAGCCAAGUCAGCUUUAAGAACUUUCGCGAUAUCUGGCAUACGCGAGGGAUUCUGGAUAAGCUCUAUCGCCUCAUCGACGUCGAUGGCACCAAUCUAAUCUCAACGAACCAGGUCAUGGAGUUUAUAUCGCAUCUAACCAACUCCAGACCCCGCACGGGCUUUGACAAGAGCUCGUUGGCGCGCUUGGAGCAGCUCUUUCGUAAUACUGUGGGCAACGAGCAGGAGAUACGACGCGAGGAGUUCCAAAAAAUAGUCACAUCUAAGAAUCCCUUUUUUACGGAACGCGUUUUUCAAAUAUUCGACAAGGAUAAUUCGGGCUCAAUAUCGCUGCAGGAGUUUAUAGAUGCCAUACAUCAGUUCUCGGGGCAAUCGGCCGAUGACAAGAUACGUUUCCUCUUCAAGGUCUACGAUAUUGAUGGUGAUGGUCUCAUACAGCAUAAGGAGCUGCACGAUGUGAUACGGCAUUGCAUCAAGGAGAACGGCAUGGAGUUCUCCGAGGAUCAAAUCGAGGAUCUAACCAGCGCCAUGUUCGAGGAUGCCGAUCCGCACAACAGCGGUGAGAUUACCUACGAGGCGCUCAAGAAUCAGCUGCACAAGCACGGCGGUCUGCUCGAGAAUCUCAGCAUUACCAUUGAUCGCUGGCUGGUGCCCAUUGCAGAGGAGCCGCCGUCUGGCAGCAAAUCCUCGCGACUGUGGCACACAAUACCUCACCAGCUGACGCUGGCCUAUAUGAAGAACAACCAGGUGUUUGUCUCAUAUUUAUUCUUCUACAUUGCCGUCAAUCUGUGCCUGUUCAUCUCCCGUGCCAUACAGUAUCGCGCCAGCAAUGGCUUUGUGAUCAUAGCCAGAGCUUGUGGCCAAUGUCUGAACUUCAACUGCGCCUGGGUUCUGGUGCUGAUGCUGCGGCAUUCGCUGACCUAUCUGCGUUCGCGUGGCCUGUCCUCGUUUCUGCCGCUGGAUCAUCAUGUCUAUCUGCACAAGCUGACGGGCAUAACCAUCUCGGUGCUGAGUCUGGUGCACACGAUAAUGCAUCUGUUCAACUUCUCCAUCAUUGUGAUCAAUGAUCCGCAGAUAAAUGCCGGCCAUUACACCAUCGGCGAGUGGCUGCUAACGGAUCGUCCGGGUCUGUUUGGCCUGAUACCGGGCUGUGCCAAUCCGACGGGCAUCGCUCUGCUGGCCAUUUUGAUUGUGAUGUUCGUGUGCUCGCAGCCAUUUGUGCGGCGCAAGGGCAGCUUUGAGGUGUUCUAUUGGACGCAUCUGUUGUACGUGCCCUUCUGGAUAUUGACGCUCUUCCACGGGCCCAACUUCUGGAAGUGGUUCAUGCUGCCCGGCCUGGUCUACAUUGUGGAGCGUGUGCUGCGCUUUGUCUGGAUGCGCGGCGAGCACGGCAAGACGUACAUCAGCUCCGGCCUGUUGCUGCCCUCCAAGGUCAUCCAUUUGGUGAUCAAGCGACCCUUCAACUUUAACUUUCGACCCGGCGACUAUGUCUUUGUGAAUAUACCCGCCAUUGCCAAUUACGAGUGGCAUCCGUUUACCAUCAGCUCGGCGCCAGAGCAGGAGGAUUACAUGUGGCUUCACAUACGCACCGUUGGCGAGUGGACGAAUCGCCUCUAUCGUUAUUUCGAGCGCGAGCAGCAGAAGCUGCACCAGGGCGAGCUCAAUCAGCAUAUGCACGCCAUACCCACGCCCAGUUUCAUGCUGCUGAACGAGGCGCGCAAUCCGGCGCUAGCCGAGAAGUCCAGGCCCACGACGACACCGCAAACGGAUUUCCUAGCACGCAAUCUGGCGGGCAGCAGCAGCCGGGUGGAGCAGCUGCCACCGGAGCGACCGCCACGACAGCAUCGCAAGCUGACGGCAGCAGCUGCCGCCGCGUUAGAUGCGCCUGCUGCUCCGACGGGCGUGAAUCGCAUUAGGAGCAUCAAGAAAACGCUGCAGCGCACCUUUUCGCGCAAGGAGUCCGCCGAGCCGAAGAGCAAGCCCAGCAGCCAGGCGAUGGGCAUAGCCAAUGGCGCCUUUGUGGGUGAUGGCAAUGAGCGCGACGAUUUGAGCCUCAAGCAGCGGCCGCUCGAGAAGAGCAUCUCGCUGCCGGACAUCAGCAUGAAGAGCAAGAAGCGCAGCCGGCUUAAGGCCCUGCGCUCCUUGGGGCGCUCCGAAUCGGAGCGUGCCUUUGACGAUAGACGCCUGCGACGCGCCCGCAACAGCAGCGUGGGCCUGGCCUAUCUGAGUCCGCAGAACAAGUCGCUGGCGCAGAGCUUCCGCUACAUGCGCAACAAGCCCACCAUUAUAGCCUUCAAGACGCCCAGCCUGGAGCUGAGCGAGUCGCAGCAGACGACGGCCGAGGGUAAUGGCAUCUUGGAAGCCAGCAGCGCUGCGGAGCAGGGUCGUCUCAGCCGGGCGGAGAGCGGCGCCGACAAGCAGCAGCAGCAGCAGCUGAUGCGGCUCAGUCUGGCCACGGAGGACAAACCGCUCGAGGAUAACACAUACACGGGCACGGGCACGGGCAGCAGAAAGUCGCGCUUGCGUCGUCCCACAUUUCUGCGCACAUUGUCCACAUCCUUAACAAAUCGUGGCACGGGCGGCGGCGGCAGCGGUGGCAGCUCCACAACUAACAGCGGUAGCAAGGUCACACUCGAUGCGGGCGUCAUGGAGAUCUUCAUAGAUGGGCCUUAUGGCGCACCCUCGAGCCACAUCUUUGGGGCACAGCAUGCGGUGCUCAUUGGCACAGGGAUUGGCGUUACGCCCUUUGCGUCCAUUUUACAGUCGAUAAUGCAUCGGUAUUGGAAGGCACGGCACAGCUGUCCGCGCUGCCAGUUCGAGUGGGCCAGCGAGAUACCCAAGUCUGUGAUGAAUCUGCGCAAGGUGGACUUUUUCUGGAUCAAUCGCGAUCAGCGCUCGUUCGAGUGGUUCGUCAAUCUGCUCUCCCAGCUGGAGAUUGAGCAGGCCGAGCUGGGCGGCGCCAUGGAACGCUUCCUGGACAUGCACAUGUACAUCACCAGCGCGCUGCAGCGCACGGACAUGAAGGCGGUGGGUUUGCAGCUGGCGCUAGAUCUGCUGCACGAGAAGGGCAAACGUGAUCUUAUAACCGGCCUGAAGACGCGCACCAAUGCCGGCCGACCCAACUGGGACAAGGUCUUCAAGCAGCUGCAGGCACAGCAGAAGGGCAAGGUGACCGUAUUCUAUUGCGGACCGCCGCAGCUGGCCAAGACGCUGCGCGUCAAGUGUGACCAAUACGGAUUCGCCUUUCGUAAGGAGUGCUUUUGAGUUGGCCAACAUUUCCAUUC